UAUUUUGGCUUGUAAUCGGUGAUCAUGGGGUGAUCCAGAAAUAAACUCCAGACUUCAAAGAGGGAGAGAGUUCAGAGCUGCUCUGCAGUUUAUCAACACACAGAGACGGGAGAGAGAUGCUUCCGAGGGGAUUUUCCGAAAUAAGAUUUCAUCAAGAAAAAUAACUCUGGGUAAACUUUCCUACAGAGACAAUAAGGUUUUCCUUUCCUACCAUUGCCUCUGACUCCUUGUGAACAAGACAGAAGAAAAUGACAACGCAGGUCACAGUGGCAAGAAAUUCACAGACAGGGGCAAUAAACCAUGAAGACUACAGUCUCUACAGCAGCAUGAGCGAAGAGGAGCUCAUCGAGAUGGCCAUAGAGCAGAGUCUCACGGAAGGUCCAUCAGAGCCAACAGCUGCCAAGACAGCAUCCAGAGAGCAGGCUGUGCCCAGUGAACCUUACUAUAGCCAGAAUUUUUAUCUUUACCCUUGGCAAAGGCAUGCUGCACAGUCCGGAGGCCAGACUCAAACCACCAGCUCAGGGUCACCUAGUGGUGUCUGGAUGAGAUACGAUGGCAGUCUCUUCAGAACACCUCAGCCAGAAGUGCCAGAUCCUGUUGUAUCAGCGAUUAAGGAAGGAGAUGAAAAGGCCCUGGAUGCCAUGAUGAAAUCAGGAAAAAACCUUGCACAGCCUAACAAAGAUGGAUGGUUGCCGCUUCAUGAAGCUGCUUAUUAUGGACAAGCAGGCUGCUUGAAACUGCUUCAUAAAUCAUACCCUGGGACAAUCGAUCAGCGUACGCUUCAGGAGGAGACACCACUCUACUUAGCAACCAACAAAGGGCACCUUGAGUGUGUGCUAGCUUUGCUGCAGGCUGGAGCAGAACCAGAUAUUGCAAAUAAAUCUAGAGAGACCCCUCUCUAUAAAGCCUGUGAACGCAAAAAUGUUGACGCUGUACGGAUGUUGCUGCAGUACAAUGCUGAUGCGAACCACCGAUGCAAUCGGGGAUGGACUGCUCUUCAUGAAGCUGUGGGCCGGAAUGAUAUGGAAAUAAUAGAUCUUUUGGUCAAAGGAGGUGCCAAGAUCGAAUCUGCAAAUUGCUAUGGGAUCACUUCUUUAUUUGUGGCAGCGGAGAGUGGCCACUUGGAAGCCUUGAGAUACUUGGCCAAGUGUGGUGCUGAAAUUAAUACGCAGGCCAGCGACAAGGCCUCUGCUCUCUAUGAAGCUUGUAAAAAUGGGCAUGAGAAGAUUGUGGAAUUUCUCUUAUCCCAAGGUGCGGAUGCUAACAAAACCAACAAGGACGGACUGUUACCCAUUCACAUGGGCUCCAAAAAAGGCUAUUUUGAGAUUGUCAAAAUGCUGCUCCCAGUCACCAGCCGCACUCGGAUCAAGCGCAGCGGCAUCAGCCCACUGCAUAUGGCAGCGGAGUGCAAUCGUGAUGACGUCUUGGAAGAGCUGGUAGAGGCUGGCUUUGAUGUGAACGCCACCCUCUCUUUUGAGCGUGCCCGCCUCUAUGAGGACCGGCGCACCACUGUUCUCUACUUUGCUGUAGCUAACAACAAUGUCUAUGCUACUGAACUGCUGCUCGAGGCUGGGGCGAAUCCCAACAUUGACCUCAUCAACCCACUGCUCAUCUCCAUCCGCCAUGGCUGCCUGAAGAUAAUGAAGCUGCUCCUUGAUUAUGGCGCCAAUAUCAAUGCUUACAUUGCUUCCCACCCUACUACUUUCCCUGCUACCAUCAUGUUCUCCAUGAAGUACCUUGCUGUUCUGAAAUUCCUGAUGGAUAUGGGCUGUGAUGGCAACUCCUGUUUUGACUGUCUGUAUGGGUGUGGCCUGCAUCCUGCCAUAGAAACUAGAAGGGACAGAUAUAAUGAUUCCCUGGAGGAGAAACAGCCACAUCCAGUACAGUUUUGCGAAAUUGUUUCUACCCCAGAGAUGAAUCGUUGGGCAGGGCCGAUCAUUGAUGUUCUUCUGGAUUAUGUGGGCAAUGUGCAACUUUGUUCCAGACUAAAAGAGCAUAUUGACAGCUAUGAGGGUUGGGUUAACAUUAAAAAGAAAGCAGAGCUUCCAAGGCCACUUGCACACCUUUGCCGAAUCAAAGUUCGAACUGUGAUGGGAAAGGACCGUAUACCACUUAUUGAUACUUUGCCUCUGCCGGGAAGACUGAUCCGCUAUUUACAAUAUGAUUUUACCCACUGACCUCAGAUAUAUCUGGCCAUCAAUAAUAUCCUGGAGGGACAUCCAUGUUUGUGACAGAACAGUAUCACAUGAUGAAGAUAGACUCAGAGAGACAAGGAAAGACUGGCUUUGCUAUGUAAAAAGAAAAAAGAUGCCUGCAAAUCAGAAUCACAGAAAGAACUUACCCCGCACUGUUUAGAGGAUGGGAAAGAAGUGAGGGAAUCAGGGUUAAGGACACUGAGAGCAAGCAGCAAAAAAUGACUAUGCUAUUGUUUAAUAAAGCCGUAAAAUGACUACUAGGUCUGUAAGGAGAUGGAAAAGAGAGAACCGACUGUUUAAGAAAAUACAUUUUUUUGUAUUUUAUGACCAUCUUUAACACACUUGUAUGAACUAAUGUAACAUGCGAAUGGGGUGGUCAUGUUUUCUUAUUAUUAUAGUGGCACUUUCCCCUACUUUACAGUUAUGAAAAUUGCUGCCAAUUAUGUGUGUGUGCGCACAUAACUAUGUAUAUCCAAGGACAAUCAGGAUUGCUCCUGUGGGCAACCCAUGUAUUUUGGGAAUCAUUCUGUACCUAAAAACAACUUGAUCGUAUGGGGAAAACAUCUUUUUAAAAAAUUCCAGCAACGUUUAAAAUUUGGCAUAAUGGUUCAGUUCAUUGGUUAGCCUUCAUUUUAGUUUAAUUUGCUAGGUUGGUCAACUUUCAGGCUGCUAAUUCAUUUGGCACCACCUCAUUCGUAUUUUCCUUCUAAAUUAUUUGGCCUUUCUGCUUUAAUAUGUACUAACUUUACCUCUGAGUGAUGAAAGGCCCUGGGUCUUCACAAAUACUUUUUUCCUUCUCACAUAAGACAUAUUGUUAAUAAUAGAUCUAGUGAAGAAUUCGUAACUCCAAUAAAAAUGAAAUAAACACUUUACUAAGUAUUUAAUCCAUGAGAAAUGAAUGUACAUAUAUUAAAUAAGUUUAAGAAACAGGGUUGUUACUGUACUGCAGUUCAUCUGCUUGUAGUUCCGAUGUCACUGAAGCCAAUGACUGGCAUAGCUCAUGAAUAGAUGCUUCAGCUUAUAGAAUAUGUUUUUUAUGUUUAUUUUUUAAGAAUGGUGAUUAUAGCAAUAAGCCCAGUAACCCUAUAGGCAGUAUAACAAAAUGAAAUCAAGCAGAUUUAAACUGUUUAAUACUUGCAUCUCUGAAGUGCUUCAUGGAGAUGCUCAAAAUAGACUGUAGGACACCUACUGGACGGCACUAUCUUCUUGAAUCUCUUAUAUCAUAAUACAAGAAUGAGGUAUAAUUACUACUGAGUUAAAAAAAAUCCUUUGUACAGUAAAAUUAACAAGGUUGCUGUUUUGUUUGUUGCUUUUUUUUAAGAAAAUUAAUUUAAAAAAAACUGGUUGUGGAUGGAGCAAUGAGGUACUAAUUCUUGAAUUUACUGUCCAAUGUUCGUAUGAUAGACGGGCGCUGAGGAGGAAAGUCAGCUUGCAACUGUUAGGGAAGACUUGUUUAUUUAGGGUGCUGGAGAAAAACAAACCGAGAAAGGCAUUCCUAGUUCUUCCCCAUCAUGCAUCCACUGGUAACCUGUUGAUUUGCCUAUAAACCAGGAAAAAUAAUGUGUCAGAUCUGCAAUGCUGAAAAAGGUAGUGCAAACCUCAGGAGAUUCAAGGACAGCUGUGCACAUAAGCUGGCGGUGGGGAAUCAUUCCCUGAAAAUCUCCACUGGUAAUUUGUGCUGUCACUUGAUUCAUUUUGCCAUCUUUUUUACAUAGUGGGUUUAUGUUUAUUUUCAUGCAGCGCUUUCUACCUCUCUACAUCAUUAGCCCUGAUCCAGCAAUAGCAAUCUAUGUAAAGAAGAACAUUUUCAUACACAGGUCAGCUGGAUUCCAUUUGGAACAGCCAACUACAUGAACAAUGGAUUAACGUGUGUCAAACUGCAUGCAUUACUUACGAAAAUUCCCUAUAGCAAGCAGCCUGUUUUGGGGAACCAAAAGCACAUUAGGAGUUAGGCAGUCUUUCACUGCUCCACUGACUUUUUGGAUCCAGGCAACUGAAUUUUUAUAAAAGUGUUUCAGCAGUUGUAACAAAUCUGUAAAAAUUCUACUUUUUAUAUAAAACUAAUUGUACAUUUGGAAAAAAAAUUACAGGACUUUGUAUGCAUCUUGCUGUUCCAGUGCAUAGAAUGGUGGCAUAUAUUGUGAUUACAGAACAAACGCUUGUUAUCAUAGUAUUAGAUAUUCUGGGAAUAUAUUCUAGGAAUUGUAGGAACUGAUUAAUGUAUUAUUUCUAUAGGCAUGUGUGCAAUUCAUUUUUUGUUAUAAUGCACUUUUAAAUUUUUGGUUUUGUUACAACAGCUUUUUUUAAAUUGGGAGGGCAUGGGUGUGUGCGGUAUUUAUGAAAGUACUGUUUUUAGGUUUCACUGUUUGCACUAAAUAUGAAUAAAAAUUCCCUUUCAGAUACUACG